AUGGAGGAGUCUUUGUUGAGUGACAAGAAGAUUGUGUUGGUUUCGAACUUGUGUAACCAAAUCAUGAACACCAUGAUACUGGAUAGCUUGAGCAAAACCAUUACAACUGUGAUGGAUAAGGAAAAUGAGUUGGGUGUUUCUCUGAAGAAGAACCUUGCGAAAUGGAGAGGGAUACUAUCAGAGCCAGGGUUUAUGAGGGGUUAUAUUGAUAGUACUAGAGGUGUUAAAGGGGUCGUGCCGGGCUAA